GUUAUGCGCAAUUUUCGCCGCCAAAAACCAUAAAGGAUGCGUUGAGUUUACCGUUUUUUUUUUCUACAAAUUAGUUAGAUAUGGCGCUUAAGCAGGUGCUAACUGCACCUGCGUUGGAGCCUUGCUGGAUUGCAGGCGAAAAAAAAUAUUCAUCAAUGCAUUCUGCAAAAGUAUUUUCUCGCCAUGAAAUUAAUGCUAUCGACAUUGUCGCCAGCAGCGAACGAAUUCAGAAGAUUAUUGACUCCAAUCAGGACAAGAGAGAAUCAAAUAAUGCGCUACAAACCCGAAGCCGUAGUCUGGUUACAUUCAGGGAUCUCACACGUCUCACAUUCGGUGCUACCUACAUAUUGGGGCAACAGGUGGACACCCUACUUGAUGAAACCAAACAUUUGCUGGAUCAAAUAAUGGGCAACGAGUUUCAAGUGCCUGUUGGGGCUCGGCCCCAGAUGGCUUACGGUUGCCGCAAACGCAAACAAAUCAUCUCCCUAUGCGUCUCGAAGCGUGCUCGAAUCGAGGGCCCAAAGUUUUUGGAUAAGCAAAAUAUUCAAUAUUAUAGACACAUGUUAGCCGAAUGUCAUCUGUGGAAUGCGGAAAGUAAUGCUCCACAAAUUGACGAGAUAUACCAAUCUCCAACGAUUCAAAUGCCACGCACCUGUUUAUCGGAUCAUAAAAUCAGCAUCACCCAUGAACUGACUUUAACCGAGAUGGAUCAGGAUUUAAUGUUAAGUGAUGGUUUUGGCGAAUCUAAUCAAACGGAUCUCAUAGCUCUUGAAGAGUUUCUACAACCUAGAAAUUCUUUGAAGUGCAGCUCAGCCGAUCAUUCACUAACUGGUUUGUGUUACAAAAUGCCCAGACUAGAUGGUAAUGAAUUGGAUGUUUAUCAGCCAAACAACGGUGCCCAAGCAGUCGAUCAUCGUCAAGAGAUUGAGGAUGUGGCACUGUUGCCGUUACUUCCACUUCCCAUAGUUGUACAGUCACGAAAAAGGAAACGCAAUUGUAAACUACAAAUAGAUAAAUGCAUUAAACUAUCUUAUAAAGCGCUCAUGUGCCACAGAUCAGCAUACUUUAAGACCCACGAGGCCGCAAGAGCAGCAAAACCUGAUCUAAAUAUGCACAAGCAUUAUAUAAAUGCUAAAGCCAUGUUGAGCAGUUUUAGGCAAGAUAAACUAUUUCCAGAUCGACUAAAAGAGCGCCCCAAGCGCUCCAGCGAAGAAGUCGAGCUAAUCUGCGAAAAUACAAUAAGGACAAUAUUUGGUGCAGAUUAUGAUGAUGCGCUGGGAAAAGAGAUAUUGGCCCCAAGACAAUCACAAGCUCCCGUAAACGACGUUCCGGAAAUGCCAACUACAGAGUCUGCUGAGCUGCCGAAUUCACAACCAAGCAUUAACACUGGCAAUAACAAUAAUAAUAAUAAUAAUGCAUACGAGCAUUCCAAAAGUUAUAAGAACAACAAUAUUGAUUCGCACAGCAUUAUGAUGGAUUUGCUGAACAUAUUGCGCAACAAUCCCGACAAAAAGUCCAUAGAUGCCAACUCGUAUGUGAAAUCUUUUCCAGACCGCAUAACUGCAGCCUUGACUUUUAGCCAUUUGUUGUGCCUAAAGCGCGACGGAUUUAUAGAGCUGUCUAAAAAACCAGGAACUCUUGAAAUUGAUGCCAUUACUUUGGGCGCCGAGUCCAACAAGCUCAUCGAAGAUAUUUUAAAAUAGUUUUUGUAUUUCGUUAUACCCUUAUAGAGUGUACUAGAAAUGUUGUUAUUUUUUUUGUUCAUUUGUUAUUUAUGCAGAGUUGAUUAAGAUUUCGAAUUAUCUAAGGAGCAAAUUAAGAAUCGUAUUUGAAUUAUUUUUUUUUGGUUUGUUAAAAUAACUUGUUAUUAAUGUGGAGC